AUGGCGGCCAGUAAACCAAAAUAUCCACUUGGCUCUCCUCAAGAGCAUAUUGAAAUGUGUGGAUUCCAUGAUUUACCUAUUGAUAUGUUAUGUGAGGAUUGCGAUGAAUUUAUUUGUGGAAAGUGUGCCAAAACAGAUCACAAGGAUCAUGAAUGGAGCACUAUACCAACAGCAGCCACACAAAGAAGAAGAGGUCUAUUUAACUUUCUUAAAAAGAUCAAGGAAGAGGAUAUGCCUGGGAUUGACGAGAAGAUCGAGAAAUUGUCACAACAAAUCACAAAAAAUACAGACCUUUGUGACACUGAGAUUAAAAAGCUUUAUCAGCAUGUUGAUAAGAUAGUGGCCAGGUUAGCAGAAAUCAAGAAAAGAAAUGAGCAAAGUUUGAGAGACAAUUUGAAGGAUAAUAAUGAUAAGCUGAAUAAUGUAAAAUCUGAGUUAGACAAUAAGAAGAAAACACUUGCAGAGACAGUUCAGUUCAUGAAGGAUAACAACAGCAAAAUGUCAGAUUACGGCUUCAUUGACAACCACAGAGAACUGAUGAAAAUGCUAACUGGUCUGGAUGUUGAUAUGAAGGGCUGUAAACAUUCAGUUAGAUACAAUAAAGGAGAAAUCCAGGGUAAGGUACUGGAGAAAAUGAUGGGGAAAACUCUGGAUUUAAAUGAUAUCAACGUGACUGAAACAAGCUCAUUCAAAAUUGGAGAUCAACCAAUAUUUGUGGUGAGGGCAUUGUGUGAAGAUUUAUGUUACGUACGACAACAUAAGUCACCUUAUACUGAACAAGUAAACAAAAUAGGUGAGAAAAUACAAAAACAUAAUAUAAAAGGUUUUGACCUAUGUGUGACAGAUACUGGUGGUGUUUAUUUCACGGACUUUAAUGACAAUACCAUCGGUUGCUUAUCACCAUCAGGAUCUGUCUCUACAGUCAUCAGUACAGAUCCACUGGUACCAUUAGGAAUCUGUCUGUCAGUGGACGGUGGACUACUUGUCACCUUAAAAGACAAUGAAUCAGAUCCUUACAAAUUAGAGUCACACAGCAGACGUCUGGUGAGACACAUCACAGUGACAGGUGAUGUCAUCCAUGAGUAUGAGUACCAGGAGGACGGUCACACCAGGCUGUUUACAUCGCCAUACAGAGUCUCACAAAACAGUAACAGUGAUAUCUGUGUUGUGAACUUAACAAAAGGCGCUACAGGUGAACUAGUGAUUUUAUCUACUUCUGGUCGUAUGAAGUCUGUCUUCCGUGGACAGAACCUGACAGAGAACUUUUAUCCAACCAGUGUAGUGUGUGACUCACUCUGUAACAUCCUUGUUACUGACAGAGCUAGUAAAAAUAUCCAUCUGCUGAGUCCUGACGGGGAGUUCCUGAAGUUCAUCCUGACAGAGAAUGAAGUGAACUGCCCAAUCAGAUUAUCACUGUACAAGUCUACACUCUGUCGUCACCAUCAGGAUCUGUCUCUACAGUCAGUAGUACAGAUCCACUGUCACCAAGAUGAAUCUGUCAGUCAGUGGACAGUGGACCGCCUGUCACAUCGAGAGACAAUGAAUCAGAUCACUCCACUCCACGACUCCAGAAGACUCCACUCCACUCCACUCAGCUUUUUACCCCAAGCCCUGCAUAGAUCUAGGUUAAAGCUGAACACGACUCGUAAAUAG